CUUGGUUUUUAACAUUUUUAACAUCAAUAGUAAUGACAUUAGGUUCAAUACCAUUCUUAUAUCAAUUGAUUUUUAAUGCUAAUUGGAAUGUUAAUAAUCUUCCAAGUGAAUCAAAUUUAUCUAUAAUAUUGGUUGGAUUUUUUAUGACUUAUUGUAUAAUUGAUUUAUUAUUGAGUAAAUUCUUUUAUGAAAAUGAAAUUAGUAAUAUAACCAAUAUGAAAGGUUAUUUACAUCAUUUGGUUUAUCUUGUAUUAUCGAGUUUUGUUAUUUAUAAUCAAAGAACAGAAAUAUUUUGUUUAAUGUCUAUUUUUGAGGCUUCAACACUUGUUCUAGCAACUGGAAAAAUCAAUAACAAAUCUCCUAAACAAGAUCUUUUAUAUGCAACAACAUUCGUUUCAACAAGAUUAUUAUUUCAUGCUAUAAUGAUAUACCUUUAUUUUAAUUAUCAUCAAUCAAAAUCAAUUUGGUUGAUAUUAUCCUUUCUUUAUCCCUUUCAUUGUUAUUGGUUUUAUGGUUUUAUUAGACAAAAAGUCUAUGCAAGAAAUCGACAAAGAAAAUUAUCUCAAUAUAAUAAAAUGUUUUAUAGUAAAAAAGAAUUAGAAGAAGCUUUAAACAGUAUUCAACCUAAACCUAUACAUUAUUUCUUAGAAAAAGAAGAUAAUGAUUCGGAAGUUGAAGAAAGAAGAUCAAAUACAUUAUUCACUUUAAUAUAUUAAGUGACGAAUACUCAAUGAUUGAUUAGUAAAUUAACAAUGUAGAUUUUGGGAAUAAUGGGGAAAUUUAUGUAUAUAUUUAUAUUAUUAUUAUUAUUUAUUGUAUUCAUUAACUUGGACUUUUGUACAA